UAUUAUGGAGCAAUUAUUUCUGCUGCUAUGCUCCUUUGAAUCCAUAUGAAUAUAUGUAGGUGGAUAUAUAUACACGUAUAUAUAUGCAUGUAUAUAUAUAUAUGUAUGUGUGGGUGUGUAUGGGAUGUGGGUGUAUUCUUAUUGAUAUUUGUCUCUUGUCACCUAGGUUACCUGCUUAGGAAACUGAACAAAAUUAAAUUACUUCAUGCAGAAAAAGUCUAUAUGAGCAAAAGAAUUAAUAAUCAGUCCAUGAUGGAGCAGUACCUGUAUCACGCAGUAUACAAAUGUAUGUAUGUAUAUAUCUGUGUAUGCGUGUAUGUGUAUGUGUAUGUAUAUAUAUAUAUAUAUAUGUGUAUGUGUGUAUGUAUGUGUGUGUGUGUGUGUGUGUGUGUGUAUGUCUAUGCUGCAAUAGUAUAUUAUAGCUGAAGCAAUUAUUUAUACAAAAAGAAAGGCUUAAUUAGGUAAAAGAAUGUUUAAAAGGUAUGACUAAGGACCA